GAUUAAGUUCUACGUACUUGAAUACGUCACAUGAAGCUCUCCAAUGCGUUACAACUUAUGAUUAUGGUAACACAACUCAAUCGCUUACCUUUUUCUUCUGUUUUAAUAACCUGGGGUAUUGACAAUUGCCGUGCGCAGUCAGCCAAGGAACAGAAGCAGUAGAAAACGACAGGGUAGAAGCUUCUAAAAGAAAAAAAAAAAAAAAGAAAAUGGGGAUGAUGCCAGCAGCAAUGGUGAUGGUGGUGGUUCAAAUAUCGUUUGCUGGAAUGAAUGUGUUGUAUAAAUUGGCAGCAAAUGAUGGAAUGAGCUUGAGGAUUAUCACUGCUUACAGAUUCUUAUUUGCAGUUCCUCUCAUGCUUCCUCUUGCUCUCCUUGUUGAAAGGAAUAGGCCAAAACUGACUUGGACCAUACUCUACCAAGCUUUUCUUUGUGGGUUAUUUGGAGGAUCACUAUCUCAGAAUUUGUAUAUAGAAAGCCUGGCUCUAACAUCUGCAACAUUUGUUGCUGCCAUGAGUAAUCUCAUUCCAGUCACAACCUUCAUAUUGGCCGUUUCUCUUGGAAUGGAAAAGCUAUCUUUUGGAACUAUGGCAGGGAAGGCAAAAGUCUUUGGAACGUUAACGGGAAUAGGCGGUGCAAUGCUGUUCACAUUUUACAAAGGAGUACAAGUUAACAUUUGGAGAACACAUAUUAACCUUUUAAAUCACCAUGGGGCACCUUCAUCACAUCCAAGCUCUUCCAAUACUCUGUUGGGAACCUUGCUGGCUGUUGCCUUCUGCAUCAGUUACGCUGUGUGGUUGAUCAUUCAGGCCAAGAUGAGUAAAAAGUACCCAUGUCCUUACUCAAGUACAGCUUUGAUGUGUAUAAUGGGAGCAAUACAAUCCAUUGUUUAUGCACUUUGCACUGAGAAAGAUUGGAACCAGUGGAAACUAGGGUGGAAUAUCAGGCUUCUCACUGUUGUUUACGCGGGAAUUGUAGUGUCUGGAUUGACAAUUACCAUGAUAAACUGGUGCGUUCGCAUCAAAGGCCCUCUCUACGGAUCAAUUUUUAACCCUCUAAUGUUUAUUUUAGUCGCUUUGGCAGAGUCAUUGUUUUUAGGAGAAAAGCUGCACUUGGGAAGCAUAUUGGGAGCAGUGUUAAUAGUGCUGGGGUUGUAUGUUGUGCUUUGGGGUAAGGGGAAGGAGAUGGAGGAUCAAUCAGCAGCAUCAGGCAGAGAAGUGCCAUUGCCAGUGCCACCAUCAACAACAAGCUCCCAGCAAGACGAACCCAUCGAAAUCAUCGUCAACUCUACAAAUGACAACACUACUUCUAAUAACAAUCAUCAAAAUAAUGUAGCAAGCUCCUAGGUUUCACCUAAUGAACAGGAAAGUAAUUAAAGAUAGAAGAUGAAAGACAAAAAGUGACAGAGAAGCACAAUAACCCUUAAAUUUUUGUGUUGAUUCAUUCAAUAUUCAUCUAAGAAUUGGGUUUUUCCAAUUAUUGAUUCAUUAUAAAAAUUUGUCAACGUUGGAUUCUGUCAACUUUAUUAUGUUCUGUAACAUGAAGAAAAUUGCCAUAUCUUUGGUCACUUACACUACUUUAAAUAACAAAGGUUUGAUUUUUCCCGACCGCUUAUAAUCCCUUCUGUGUAUUUUGUUGUCUAGUCUCUGUUGUGGCUCUGAUUGUUCUUUUUCUUUGUUUUAUUAUCAAAUUUUUAAAUUAAAAAAAAAAUUAGAUGUUACUUUAGUCAUGAUAGUGCUUUUGCAAGUUUUA